AUGGCACAUAAGCGUUUGGGCCAUCCGUCAUACACAUCUAUGGAUGCCACGUUUCGAAAAGGGGACAUUGGCCUCUCCAUUUCCAACAAGACAAACCCUCUCAAACCCCUGUGUGAGUCAUGCCUUCAAGGGAAGAUGAGCAAAACCCCGUUUCCCACAGGUAGUGACAAGCGCACAACCCGACCCUUAGAGCUCGUGCAUAGUGACAUCAUGGACUUGGGCGAUGCUCACCCCUCACUUCGCUAUGUGCUGACGCUCAAGGACGACUACACCAACUACCUGUGGGUGGCGUCGUUGGCUCGCCGAUCCGACAUGGCAGUUGUUUUCUCGGCUUGGCAUCGCAAGAUGAAGACAAAUGGGGGGAGUAUACAGCAAAUGCCUUCACGGAUUACCUCUGCUCUCAUACGCCACAGCAGAAUGGAGUCACUGCACACUUAUGGACCGAGUGCGGGCAAUGACAACCGGGGCCAGCCUUUCCUCUAA